GAGGUAACGGUGGCGGUUCCCUCUGAGGCGGCCAGCGCCGGUGCCGCGACUCGGGCGAACCGAGGCCUCAGCGGGCAGCCGGGGAAAGGGGAGCCCAGGAGCAGAGAAGAGCUUUAUGGUGUUCUUGGAAAAUGUUGCACCUCUUGUGAAUUCUCUGAACCUUGGCAUUGUCAGCCCCUUUCUGUUGGGCCUGCCUCCUUUACAGUUGGCUCAGAUUAAGACCCAGUUGGCUCUUCAUCAGUUGAACUCGGUUGCUUCCAACUAUUCUAUAGCCUCCUCUCCUUUGUUAAAUGAGGCACUCCUGAAACUAGCCAUGUUUAACCCUAGAGGAAACAUGCCGCCAAGGCCAAGGGGACCUAGCAUGCCUGAUCCAACCCCGCGUGGGCCUUUUCAGAGGCCGGGACCUGGACCAGGUGGUCAUCAGAGGCAGUUCCCACCUAAUUCUGAUGGAAUGCCCCAAAGGUUCAUGGGAUCAGAAAUGAGGGCAGGAUUUCCAAGGCCAAACGUUCAGGUGCCUCCGCGCAGAAUGGACCCAAGACAAGCGGCAGAGAGAAUGAAUAUGGAGCAGCAGCAGCAGCAACAGCAACAGCAGCAGCAGCAGCAGCAGCAGCAGCAGAAGAUGGAAGGAUGUGGUUCUCAUUGGGACAAUCCGUUUCCCCCUGGAAAUAAUAGCCAGAACCAGCCCAUCCCAGGAAGGAUGGCAGACUAUCCCCCACCUGUUCAAAGCCGCUAUACCAAUGAGAGCGUCUCAAGUAUCUUGGCAAGCUUUGGAUUGUCCAACGAAGACCUGGAAGAACUUAGUCGCUAUCCAGAUGAUCAGCUGACCCCUGAAAACAUGCCUUUGAUUUUAAGGGACAUCCGCAUGAGGAAAAUGGGUCAUCAGGUGCCAAGCUUGCCUCUGCAGAGCAGCGAAAAGGAGAACUUCCGCAGCGACGAAGGCCACGGCUCCAUGGUCAAGGGCAAAGUAAUUGAUUACGGGCACGAGAGCAAGUACAGAUACGAUGAAGGUCCCCUGGAGGUGAAGGUCUACGGUUCGGAGGGCCCCCCUAAAGACACCCCGAAAGGAUUCCAGACCCAGCAGGCCCCACCAGUCAGCAUAACCAGCAAACAGAUGAAUGCCGUUGAGGAAUUAAUCCGGCAGAUGGGAUUCCAAAGAAACACAUCAAACACCCCGUCUUUUUUCCCCGUGGACACGCCUAACAAGAUGCCUGGAUUGGGUUCCCCUUCCACAGGAACUGGGGUAGCUCCGGCAGUCCAGCCCAUCAUGCCACCUGUGGCACCACCCCUACCUCGGCCUGCCAUCCCACCUGUUCGGCAAGCUUUGCCUCCCCCGUCGGUAGCUCGGCCCAUGAUGUCACCUAUGAACCAGGGGCCCCCUCCUCCUUUUGCACCUGAAAUGCUUGGGGGUAUGAACCGGCGUGAGAGGAUUCAUGAGGAAUCCAGACCGAGCCCUAGUGCUCCCCCUGAACCAGGUCCUGCCGCAAAACCUUUCCGGAAAGAGAUCGAAGGGCCUAUAAAGUCUCCAUUUGGGGUCGUGAAGGCCUCUUGGCUCCCAGUUUUUUCCAAGAUGGAUGCCCAGAAAAUGAAGAGGCUGCCGACUCCCUCAAUGAUGAAUGAUUAUUAUGCUGCGUCUCCGAGAAUAUUUCCACAUAUGUGUUCUCUCUGUAAUGUAGAAUGUAGACAUUUGAAGGAUUGGCUUCUGCACCAGAAUUCUUCCACACACCUUGAAAGCUGCCGCCAGCUACGCCAACAAUAUCCUGACUGGAAUCCAGAAUCCCAUUCAUCACAAAAAAGACGUGAGGUCGACAGAAAUGAAAGUGGCACACCCAGGCGGCGUUCCGCCAGCAUUAGCCCCAGGCGUUCGAGGCGUUCCAGUUCUGGGCAUGCCAGACGUCGAACUCGGUCCCGAUCCAGGAGUCCCAGGCACAGAUCAAUCAGGCAAAGAAGUCGAAGUCCACGGCCAAUGCCUAAUUUCAGACACAGGUCAAGGUCUCCAUGGCGACCUUAUAACGCCGUUUCUUCGUUUCGAAGGUCUUCUAGCAGAGAGAGGGGCUCCAGACGAUAUAUUCGAUCUCCAGAUAAGGCCUUGGAAGCAGUGAUGAAAUGUUUGGGACCUCGCAUUGUUGAACACUUUCACAAACAAGCCUUUAGCCAGGGCUUUUCAGGAGGGAAAAGAGCAUCGGCUGAUUUUGAGGACGGGAAGCCCGGAAAUCCUAAAGUUUCCCCAAAACUGUCCAAGAAAGAAGGACAUUCCCGACACAGCUCCUCUGAAAGUAAAACUAAGGUUCCUGAAGCUCUUGAGGGUUCCAACAAAGAAGAGACCACAGCUGAGGGAAAAUUUAAGAAAUUGCCUUUGGGAGCCCCAGUAAAUGAAGCGGAAGUUCUGGCCAAUAAGUUUUGGAGUAAAUUCAGGAGCUUGGGGACUAUUCUUCAGAUAUCUGACUUGCCAGAAGAUGGUUUUACGGAUCAAGACAUUAAGAAAAUAGUUCAGCCUUUUGGAAAAGUUAGUGACAUCUUAGUUAACCGUUCUAAGAAUGAGGCUUACCUUGAAAUGAACUACAAGGAAGCAGUAAUAGCAGCUGUCAAAUACAAUGAAACCUGUCCUGUCCUCAUUAAUGGCAAGCGUGUGAAGAUAAGCGUGGCAGAAAAACCCAAAGCAGAAAAACCCAAAGUGGCUUCUACUCAGAGCAAAGGAAAUGAGAAGAAAGUUGCUCCGAAUACCAAGGAUUCUGCCCCGAAUAAUAAGAAAGAGCAAGUCCCACCUGUUGUGAAAAAAAUGACUUCGCUGUCUUCUGCCUCUAAAACCGACAUCAAGAAACCUGGAAAAGUUGUCAAAAGUGGGGAGACCAAGGUAGCCCCCAAACCCAAGAAACCGACAGAUGGCAAGAAACCGGGCCCUGUAAAAGAGAACAAUGCGGCCAACCCCGCACCCUUGGAAGAGGGGAAAAAUCCUCCCAAGGUGAAAAAACCUGCCGACCCCCACAAACCGGUGGACUCCAAGGCCAAAGAGCCCCCGAAGACCAAGAAGGUUGGAGAUCCCAAGGACAAAGAAGCGUUGAAGGGCAAGAAGCCGUUGGAAUGCAAAGCAAAAGAGCCUCUGAAGGCCAAGAAGGUCAUAGAUGCCAAGCCCAAAGAACCUCUGAAGGCCAAGAAGGUCAUAGAAAACAAGAAAGCUGGGGAGCCCAAGGUCAAGAAGGCUGCAGAACCCAAGAAAGUGGGGGAGUCUGACGCCAAAGAACCCCUCAAGGCCAAGAAAGUAGCCGAAUCCAAGGAGCCUCCCAAGGAGCAGAAUGCCGGGGAGCCCAGCCAAGCUGGAGAAUCUCAGGGCAAGGAAGCCAGCAAAGCAGCAGACGCCCCAGAUAAGUCAGAAGCUGUUGAGAGUCCUGAAGCAAUUGAAUCUUCCGGCAAGGAUCCUGAAGAGAUGUGUGUCGUGAUGAUUUCCAGUUUCCCUGAGACCGGGCUCAGUCUGGAGGAGAUCCGAAACUUAACCAAGCCCUUUGGGAAAGUUAAAGACAUUUUAAUUGUGUCUUCACAUAAGAAGGCAUAUGUCGAAAUAAGUCGUAAAUCUGCUGAUUCCAUGGUGAAAUUUUAUACCUGCUUCCCAAUGUGGGUGGAAAGGAACCAGCUCUGCAUUUCUCUGGUCCCUGAGCUGAAAGAGCUAAAUGAGGAAGUUAUAUUUACUGCGAUGAUUAAAGAUGCAAAUUCAAGCGUGAACACGGAGACGCUGUACACCCAGUUUGUGCAUCUGGGCAACCUGCCAGAUGAGGGCUACUCCGAGCUUGAAAUCCUUUGCGUUGGCCUUCGCUUUGGACGAGUGGAUCAUUACAUGGUGAUAACCAACAAGAACAAGGCCAUUUUCCAGCUGAACAGUGCCGAGUCCGCGGCGUCCAUGUGUCGCUUCUUAAAAAAGUAUCCUUACAGUUUGGGAGAAGUGGAAUUGACCGUCUCACGCUCGCCCAGAAUAGAACCUACAGCUGCUGAUGCUGUAAAAAAAGAAACGAAAAAGCAAGAAGCAGGCCAAGAGAGCCCUGACUUGAAAACAAUUCCCGAAGGAUCAGGAGUGGUGGCCCCAUCUGCUGUUCCUCCCACGGAGGCCACGGAAGACCACGCUUCCAAUUCGGAUGCUAUUCCAGACACAGAGACUGAGCACUUGGGUAGCGAGAAGAUGGUAGGGGAAGCAGCUUCGCAGCCCCUGAAGACCGAAGACUUGGGAGAAGACUCGGAAGCGUUAAAAAAAGACUUUGGGCUUGGAGCGCCAAGCGCAGGCCAGGAUUUCGAGUCUUCAGACACGAAACCCAAAGGAGCCUCCGCUUUGUCCUCCGCUCUGAAAAAGGAAGAAAAAAAGACUGAUCAUUCUGGCCAGGAAUUGCCGAGAAAGGCCUCUCCGCCUGACGGAGAGAAGGCAAAGGAAGAAAAAGCUCCCGGGAAAGAAGAAUUUCACGGUGCCUCAAAAGAAGAAACCCUCUCGGCCUCAGCCACGGAAGAAGAGAAAAGGGCAGGCUUAGGGCCGGGCUCUACAGAAGCUGCCCUGCAGGAAAUGCCAAGUACUGACACUCUGUCCGGUAACAGGUUGGCCUCCCUGGAAGCAGAUAAUGCUGAAACCACCGUAGGCUUAGCAGAGACACCGGCUCCCAGGGUUCAGGUGAAAAUGGAGGAAGACUUGGAGGGCCCCUCUGCCACCUCUCAAGCGAGUGCGGAGGUAGCAGCCAAGCCAGCAGCGGUGGAAACGAAGGCAAGCGUCAAGGAAAAGUCUCGUCUGCAGAUGGCCAGGGUUGAGGUGAUUCUGGAGAAGCUCCCAAAAGACUUGGUCUCAAGCACCAAAGAAGUCAAACUGGAAGGGACCCCAGAAAAGAACGCCAAGGUACAGAACCCCGAGGAAAUUGUGCCGAAGACACUACAGGGUAAAGGGCUGGGACAAGCCGAAGCCGGGGAAUCCUGCAAAGCGAGCACGCUGGAGGCAGAGACUGCAGCCAGUGCACAGGUCGCUCCUGUCCCGAAGGCUUUGAACCCACCCAAGACGAGAGCUUCAGCUCGAAGGAAAGAGAAGAAGCCAGUCAGCAAGAGCCAAGGAGUGGCUGCGAAGACACCGGUGCCAAAACCGACGAGUCAGCAAAGGCCUGCAAACGGCCGGUCCAACAUCCCAGAUAGCGCCAAGUCUAAGCUAAACAUGAGUUCGCUGGCGGUAGUUGUGUUAGGCGGUGGGAAGAGCUCCUCGCAGCAAGACAAGGACCCCCCGGCGGAGACCAAGGGGAGUCCAAAGCAGAGCCGAGAGCAAGACAGUAGACCUUCCAACCUCAAGCGGGAUACCGGCGGCAAUAAGGUGUCUGCUGAGAGGAAUACCAGAAGUUCUAAAAGCAGCCCUAAAGCCAAAGAGGAUGAGGAGCUUUUUCCAUUUAAUUUGGAUGAGUUUGUGACCAUGGAUGAAGUUGUUGAUGAAGUGGAGGCCCCUCAGCCUAGGAAGAACCCUGUAAGGGGCAAAAGGAAGGACCCCCCAAAGAAAAACCUUCCCUGCGAACCAACCUCCAAGAAGAAGAAAGGCAAGGGGCAGGACGGCCCCACAGCCGAGAGCGAGGUCUCCUUCGUGACCUUGGAUGAAAUUGGGGAAGACGAGGGUGGGAUGGGCCAAGCGGACCUUCUGAGCUUGGAAGCCAUGACCGAUGACGCCCAGGGACUGGUCACGGUCGAUGAAGUCAACGAAGAGGAAGAACUGAUCAACGAAGAUAUGAAAGAUCCACAGUCGCUGGUCACUUUGGACGAGAUCUCCGAGCAAGAGGACGUCACUCUCCAGGCGACGGCCAAGGGACCUUUUACUCCAGGGGAGAGCGAGCCGGAUCUGAAAACGGAGCGCUUAGUGACGGUGGAUGAGAUCGGAGAGGUGGAAGAGCUUCCCUUGAACCAGCUCUCCCAUUUCAAGGAGGAGGAGAUGCUCCGAGGCAAGGAAGAUGAGAAAGGAGGGGUUGAAGACGCCGGGGAUUUUCUCUCUUCCCAGAUCCCAGAGGAUCCCAGCGUUUUAGUCACGGUGGACGAGAUUCACGAAGACAGCGACGAGCAGCCCUUGAUGACGUUAGACGAAGUGACCGAAGACGACGAAGAUUUCCUGGAAGACUUCAACCGCCUGAAGGAAGAGUUUAGCUUUGUCACCGUCGACGAGGUGGGCAGCGAAGAGGAGGAGGAAGAAAAACCCGGCACGUCCACCAGCCGAAAUUCGGAAGGAGCGAUCAAAACAGCACCGGGGGAAAAAGCCAACGAGAAGAUCCAGUCUUCUGCGGAACCAGACAACUUUAAAAUUCCAGUCAACCCCCCGCCAGAACGGAGGAAAAGCGUUCGGGGUGAACCUCUGGAGGGUGAAGCAUCUUCAGCCCAGCCGGGGGGUCCUGAAAAUGAGAACCCCGUGGGAGGAGAGGAGGUAGACCUAGAUAGGGAGAAGACGGAGCUAGAGUGUAAAGAAAAGGAGGAAGGAAAAGACGUGGAGCAAACAGACACAGUAACUGAGUCCGACUUGGGUUGCCAGCCGCUGCAGAAAGAGCCAGAUGCGAGCCAGAAGGAGCAGCCUUGCAGCAAGGGAAGCGAUUCCCAGGAGGACGACCAAUCGCUUGGUAAGGGUGCAGACGGAGUGAGGCCCGGAGAGGAUGCUGCUGCGGCUGAAGUCACUGAAAUGGAGGUGGAAGGAAGCUCAGCCACCACUUCUGAGGAGGAGGGGAAGGGAGAUGCUGGAGCGGCGCCAUCCCCGAGCCCAGGGAUUUCCACAGAGGGCGUGGCAGCUGGAGAACCACAGGCAGCAGCUUCCAAACCAGCUGCCCAGAAUCCUGAGCUGAGCCCUGAUACCGUCUUGGGAAAGGACACUGAGGCUGCGAAAGAGCCCUGUGAAAAGCCCUGCAGAGAUCACGUGGAAUCUAAAAGUGAAGAACCAGAAAAUAAACAGAGAAAAGUAGAUUCCUCAGAGAAGUCGAAGACUCCAAGCCAGCUAAAAGAUUUCGAUUUCCUUGUCCCCAAAGCUGGCUACUUUUGUCAGAUCUGCUCCUGCUUCUGUGUGGACGAAGCAUCUAUGAAGAGCCACUGCCAGUCUCCGCUUCACCAGCAGAACAUGGAGAAAUUCAUAAUCAAGAGCCCAGCAGAGCAAACAGGAAAAGAAGGUACGGAAGAAGAGAGCUUAACGUGAUACGAAGAUGGGAAGUGCCUCUGCAGAAUUUUAUUUAGGGUCCAGUUGCUUCUUUGUGUUCUGUUCUUGUUUUUUUUGUUUUUAACCUUGGUUCCUUUUGAAGAUUUUCAUGUCGUAUUCACUUCUGUUCCUUCAAGAAGCAGGCUAUUAAAAUUGUGUAGUGAUUUUGAUUCCUUCCAGAACAAUGUUGGAAGGACUCUAAUAAAUAAAUUCUUACUGUAGAACCAA